CGGCUUGAAGUUGCCAAGUGUUUAAAAUGUAUCGUUAAGAUGUGGGUUGGAUUAUUUCAAUUGUCAAAUAGUCGGCAAAAGUAAUUAGCGAAAUAAAAAGUUUUUAUGGACAACGAGUAAAGAAACGAUGGCAAGUCGAGAACCAGCUAUCCCCACAAAGACCAACGAUGAACACAGCGUCGAGACAUUGGCCGAGGUAUUUCGGUGCUUUAUCUGCAUGGAAAAGCUGCAAGAUGCGCAUCUAUGUCCUCACUGUAGCAAACUUUGUUGCUACGUCUGCAUCAGGAGAUGGCUAACCGAACAACGAUCUCAGUGCCCACAUUGCCGUGCUUCGCUUCAUCUUCAUGAAUUAGUCAAUUGUCGAUGGGUCGAAGAAGUUACUCAGCAACUCGAUACUCUGCAAGCUGUGGGUGUAUCCAAUUCCCGCCAAGAUGACUCUACGAGAGACAGGUGCACCGUUCAUCAUGAGAAAUUGUCAGUAUAUUGUUGGACAUGCCGGCGCUGUAUAUGCCAUCAGUGUGCCUUGUGGGGAGGCACGCAUUCUGGUCACACGUUUAAACCUCUUGAAGAAGUGUACGAUCAACAUGUUAGUCAGAUAAAAACUGAAGUUGGCCAGCUAAAACGUCGCCUCAUGGAGCUCAUUAGUCUGGUGCAGGAAGUGGAACGUAACGUCGAGUCAGUACGGGCAGCUAAGGACGAGAGGGUACGAGAAAUUAGGAAUGCCGUAGAACUGAUGAUAGCCCGCCUCGAUUCGCAACUAAAAGCUAAGUUAUUAACUCUGAUGGGCCAAAAGAACUCCUUGACUUUGGAGACGGAACAGUUGGAGGCAUUGCUGCAAGAGGUUGAUCACCAGUUGCGUUCGUGCACUCGUUCGGAACUUAUUGUUAAAAGCGGUGAAUUAUCGCGCAUGAUACACCAAGUUCGCAAGAAACCCAUGACAAGUUUCGUCACUGCCCCUGUGCCUGCGGAUUUUCACAGGUACAUAAUGAAUGGUGCUGAAAACUUCAUUUUAAUCCUGAACCAGUAUUCAAUCAUACAAUAUUAUUUUUGUAAUCACAGUGAGAUAGUCCCAGGUUACGAUAGUGCUACUUUUGCAAUGCAAAAUUUUACACAACUUCAACUCAAAGCAGAUCCAGUGUAUUCAGCACCUUUACAUGUAAAUGGUUUAUGCUGGAGACUAAAAGUUUAUCCGGAUGGAAAUGGUGUAGUGCGUGGUAAUUAUUUAUCAGUCUUCCUGGAACUCAGUGCUGGAUUACCAGAGACAUCAAAAUACGAAUAUAGAGUGGAAAUGAUACAUCAAGGAUCACGUGACACUAGUAAAAAUAUCGUACGUGAGUUUGCUUCGGAUUUUGAAAUUGGUGAAUGCUGGGGUUAUAAUAGGUUCUUUCGGCUAGAUUUACUAGCUACCGAAGGGUAUUUAAAUACUGAGCUGGACACACUAAUAUUGCGAUUCCAGGUACGGCCACCAACAUUUUAUCAACGGUGCAGAGAUCAGCAGUGGUACAUAAGUCAAUUGGUGACUGUCCAGAAUCAGUAUGCAACUCAAAUUAAUGAGUUGAAAGAGAGACUGGCGAUUGAAAUAUCUCGCAACGCUGUAACUGCCACGAGGGUGUCAAACGGGGCUGGUAUGUGCAAUCCAUCAUCAGGGAACAUUCCAAGUCUGAAUAUACAACAGCAACAAUCUCUGGGUGGAGGGGAUCCAACCCUGGGUUGCAAUUCUGCCCGAUCCGUUGAUACAUAUCCAACGGUUAAUGCCAGUCCGACAAGAUCCACGCAAAAUUUGCUCUCUUCUGGCAACAGUAGUGGAAAUGGGAACAUCGCUGCCAAUGCAGGACAAUUGUCACCGUUGUGCGAGUUGGGCGAUCUUGCAGACAUUCGCCCAAUCGGUUCAUCUUCGACUCUUUCUUCCGUAUCCUCCAAGACCAAUGUAAAACAUCAGCGUGCCAGCGACAAUGCAUCUGCAGAAUUACCAUCUCCGGUCAGUCACUCUAUUAAUGACGGAUCAUCUGGAGACCGCCAAAUAUUAAAUGUCUUCUCACCCUCACCGUCUCCUUUAUCACCAACAAUGCUCAAUCAACAGCCAUUAAACGUCUCUUCGAGUAGUAACAGCAGUGACAGCGGAGAACUCAGUGAACACGACAUUUAUUUGGAUGACUGUGAUCAAAACGACCCCAACGUAACAAUAUUGGACGACAAUUCUAAUGAUGAAAACGACGUGGACGACGAAACAAUGUCAGGGGAAAAUGAUGUGGAGGUCGCAGAGGCACUGGUGCCAUGGGUGCAGAGCAAGCAGCGACCGAAGUUAGAAGAAGGUCAUGCAACUGUGGAUCGUUGUAGCAGGGGGCGGGACAGCUUGGAAGAUGAAAUCGUGCUUCUUCAUCUAUUCAAGAUGCACGAUCCAAACAUGUCCUGGACCCCGUUAUGCUGUCCACAUCACGUCAAGGAGCUACGAGACGUGCAAAACUCCUUGGGCGGUUUGCAACAUUACAGCUCCAGCCCGUUGCAUUGCUCCGCAACCCUGGACAGUGGCAACUCUUCUCAAGGAUACUCCCAGAAGCAUUUGGAGAAUAACUCUCCCACUUCCACGCAGAAUCUCCCAAAUCGUUGCCGAUCGUCCUUCGUGUCUCGACUUUGUCAAUCCCAACCAACAUGUGAUAGUAGAAUAAUGCCUACCCAUGCCGUUCAACCUACCGUGUGUCAGCGAGACACAAUUCAGACGUCAACGCCUGCUGUGCAAAGGACGAGGUCCGAACCUACCACUCGUUCCAAUUCUGUGGACUGUGACAAGGAUUUUACUGAUACGUCUUCCCUGUCAAAACUUGCCAACGAAGCAGACAAUUCCAGGCCAAACGAUCUUACAGUGCCAAAUGUAGCCCUUGGUAGCAACAAAGUUGUCUCUAGACACCUGGCAUCGCGACGUCUCUCGUCACCGGCUUCGUCGACCGAUGUCAAUGUCGACAGUUCCGACAGUAAGAUAAACGAGUUCGAACAAUUUUUAGGCUCGAUACAUCUGCCCCCUUUGCCAGAAAUUAGUUGCAUUGCCAAACUGCGGAAGAAUCUCACUACCGAUUACAAGAGAAAUAUAUGUCCUGCGAAUUUUCCACUUUUUACACUUUCAUCCGGUCUCGAUAAUUCGGUAGCCUCUACUAGCUCGGCCACCGCACUCUCGGAUUCCGUUUCUACACCGAACGACUUCAUCUGGGCUCCACCUCUUUAUUACAAUAAGCACGGUCCGAACAAAAACUCUGAAUGUCCAUCCGAAUCUCAAGCAACUGGCAAGAGCGGAACUAGCAAGGUUACGGGAACGUGAUUUAGCUUUGCAGAGAGGACAUAUAGGCGCGUUUCGGUGAAUCUGCUGGUGACACGAUAGACAAGACUUCAUCGGAGGUGGCUGUUGCCUGCAAAAAGGAAUGCGGAACCUGUGACAUCUGG